GCAUUUUAAGCAGCGCACCCGGAAGGCCAGGCCUGCGGGGCAAGAUGGAGUUCCUGCAGGUCCUGAGGCGAGGACUGCAGCAAGUCAGCGGCCACAAUGGCCUCCGAGGCUGGCUGCGAAUGCUCUUCAGGGCAAAUGAUGUGAGGGUUGGUACAUUAGUGGGUGAAGACAAAUAUGGAAACAAGUACUAUGAAGACAACAAGCAGUUUUUUGGCCGUCACCGGUGGGUUAUAUAUACUACUGAAAUGAAUGGCAAAAAUACAUUCUGGGAUGUGGAUGGAAGCAUGGUGCCCCCUGAAUGGCACCGUUGGCUUCACUGUAUGACUGAUGAUCCUCCAACAACAAAACCACCUACUGCUCGUAAAUUCAUUUGGACAAACCAUAAAUUCAACCUGAGUGGCACUUCAGAGCAAUAUGUACCUUAUUCCACCACUAGAAAGAAGAUUCAGGAGUGGGUCCCACCUUCAACACCUUACAAGUAAAGACAAUGAACAAUUUAAACAUGUAAAAUAUGAGGCUUUUCAUGUAAUUGCACUUUUGCUGCUUACUGUUAAUUAAAAUUAUUUGAUUAAACAA